AUGUGUGAAAAGAAGAAAAGUAGUGAAACGGCAAAAUCGACUAAUAAAAUAUGGUGGAUUACUUUCGGUAUACUUUGUGGUGCUACAUUUGUAACUAGAUUUUAUAAAGUUUUGGAGCCUGAUCAUGUGUGUUGGGAUGAAACUCACUUUGGUAAGAUGGCUAGUUGGUACAUAAAUAGAACAUUCUUCUUUGAUGUUCAUCCACCUCUUGGGAAGAUGCUUAUAGCAUUGUCUGGGAAACUGACUGGAUAUGAUGGAACAUUUCCGUUUGAGAAGCCAGGCGAUAAGUACGAAGGGGCUCGCUAUGAAGGAAUGAGACUUUUCUGCACUACUUUAGGGGCAUUAAUAAUUCCCCUGACAUUUUUAACUAUAUGGGAAAUGACUAAAUCACUUGAGUCUACUUUAAUUGGGACCAUGCUGUUAUUGUGUGAUGUGGGUUUCCUUACCCUGAAUAGAUACAUAUUGUUGGAUCCGAUUUUAUUGUUUUUCAUGAGCUGUUCAAUAUACGGAGCGUUUAAGGUGCGAACUCUAACUGACGACAAUCUCCAACCGUUCUCCGUCCGCAUGCUAUCCUGGCAGCUGUUCCUAGGAGCCUCCCUCGCCUGCACCAUGUCCGUCAAAUUUGUCGGCCUAUUUGUCGUCCUAUUUGUAGGACUGCGCACCAUAGCCGACUUGUGGAACGUGUUGGGAGAUCUGAAGAAACCUGUUAGCCUAACAGUGAAACACUUGAUCGGUAGAACAGUGACGCUGAUUCUGUGGCCGACACUUCUCUACGUGUUGUUCUUCUGGAUCCAUCUCACAGUUCUCAGUAAGAGUGGUAACGGCGAUGGCUUCUACUCAUCCGGCUUCCAAGCUCGACUGGAAGGCAACAGUCUACACAAUGCAAGCGCGCCGAAGACCGUGGCGUAUGGUGCGCUGAUAUCUCUCAAGAACCACCGCACUGGAGGUGGAUACCUGCAUUCCCAUCAUCAUCUGUACCCUUCUGGAGUUGGGGCUCGACAGCAGCAGAUAACUACUUAUACACAUAAGGACGAUAAUAACCGGUGGGUUAUAAAGCCAUAUGACAAGGAACAGGUGGAUGGCGUGGUCCUGGUGAGGAGUGGGGACCUAGUCCGACUGACCCACGCGCAGACCGGCCGUAAUCUACACUCCCAUCGAGAGAGGGCGCCUCUUACUACUAAGUACAUGCAAGUCACUGGAUAUGGAGAGGAUGGUAUUGGUGACGCCAACGAUGUGUGGAAGGUUGUGAUAUCUGGCGGGAAAGAUGGCGACGACGUGCAGACUGUUAGAAGCAAACUCAUGUUCGUGCAUUAUUUACAGGCCUGCGUAUUGACAACAACGGGCAAGCAGCUUCCGAAGUGGGGCUACGAGCAGCAGGAGGUGGCGUGCAACCCCAACCUUAGAGACAAGAACGCGCUCUGGAACGUAGAGGACAACGUUUUUGAUGACCUGCCAAAGGUGAGUUUCGAGGCGUACGCGUCAGGCUUCAUAGAACGAUUCCUGGAGUCGCACGCAGUCAUGUUCCAGGGUAACGCGGGACUCAAGCCGAAGGAGGGGGAGGUCACAUCACAACCGUGGCAGUGGCCUAUCAAUUAUAGGGGUCAGUUCUUCUCCGGCAGUUCACACAGGAUCUACCUGCUAGGUAACCCGGUCAUUUGGUGGGGGAAUCUGGUGUUCUUGGCUGUCUUCUUCUUCAUAUACGUCAUCAACUCCAUCAGAGAAAAAAGGGCGGAGGCUUUUGGUACUCCUUUACCGAGUGAUAAAACUCGCGAGCUACUAAACGCAGCGGGGUGGACGUUUAUUGGCUGGGCGCUGCACUACGUGCCGUUCUGGGCGAUGGGGCGCGUCCUCUACUUCCACCAUUACUUCCCAGCUCUCGUCUUCAGUUCCAUGCUCACAGGCAUCCUCACAGAAUACCUGUUGACCAGCAUCAAGAGCUUCCUGAGCCCAGAGCUUGGAAGAACGGUGUACCACUGCAUCAUAGGCCUUGUGCUCUCCACAACCAUAUACAGUUUCUAUUUAUUCUCUCCAUUGGCUUAUGGAAUGAACGGCCCAUUGGCCCAUGAACCUAAUUCCACCAUGUCAGGGCUAAAAUGGUUGGAGAGUUGGGAAUUUUAG